AUGGGUGAAGAUAAAGACCGCCGACGGAGAUCACGUUCUAGAGAACGACGUAGGACUCGCUCCCGGUCUAGAGAUCGCCGAGAAAAGAGAAAAAGCAAGUCAAGAUCACCAUCGAAGCGAUCACGUCGCCGCAAGCCUUCUCUUUACUGGGAUGUACCACCACCGGGUUUCGAACACAUUACGCCAUUGCAGUAUAAAGCUAUGCAGGCUGCCGGUCAGAUUCCAGCAAACAUUGUGGCGGACACUCCGCAAGCAGCUGUUCCAGUUGUGGGAUCCACUAUAACACGUCAAGCGCGGCGAUUAUAUGUGGGAAACAUACCGUUUGGUGUGACAGAAGAAGAAACUAUGGAGUUUUUCAACCAACAGAUGCAUCUUUCUGGGUUGGCACAAGCUGCUGGCAAUCCAGUUCUGGCGUGUCAAAUCAAUCUCGAUAAAAAUUUUGCUUUUCUUGAGUUUAGAUCUAUUGAUGAAACUACCCAAGCUAUGGCGUUUGAUGGAAUAAACUUUAAAGGACAGAGUUUGAAAAUUCGUCGUCCUCAUGACUACCAGCCGAUGCCUGGAACUGAAAAUCCAUCUAUUAAUGUGCCUGCGGGUGUCAUAAGUACAGUUGUUCCAGAUUCACCACAUAAAAUAUUUAUUGGUGGUCUUCCUAAUUAUCUUAAUGAGGACCAGGUGAAGGAACUUCUGAUGUCCUUUGGACAAUUGAGAGCCUUCAAUCUCGUAAAGGAUUCUUCCACGGGUCUCAGCAAAGGAUAUGCAUUUGCUGAAUAUGUUGAUAUAACAAUGACAGAUCAGGCUAUUGCUGGUCUUAAUGGAAUGCAACUUGGAGACAAGAAAUUAAUUGUGCAGAGAGCAAGUAUUGGUGCGAAGAAUUCAACAUUAGCUAUGACGGGUGCGGCUCCUGUUACUCUACAAGUAGCUGGUUUGACCUUAGCCGGAGCUGGUCCGCCCACGGAAGUACUGUGCUUGUUGAACAUGGUCACGCCAGACGAACUGCGCGAUGAAGAAGAAUAUGAGGAUAUCCUUGAAGACAUCAAAGAGGAAUGUAACAAAUAUGGCUGUGUACGCAGUAUAGAAAUACCACGACCCAUAGAGGGUGUGGAUGUACCAGGUUGUGGAAAGGUAUUCGUUGAAUUUAAUAGUAUUGCUGAUUGUCAGAAGGCGCAACAAACACUCACAGGGCGAAAAUUCAGUAAUAGGGUCGUAGUAACCUCUUACUUUGAUCCUGACAAAUAUCAUAGAAGAGAAUUUUAA